AUGCGGCCACCAGCGAGCUUUGCUGCGGCGAUGCACACGGCAUCGCUGCGUGUGGCAACACCGGUACGCACUGCAUUGCUGCCUAGUGCAUCCCUUGCCCGCGCAUCGCCGUUUGUCUUGCCGCCGUUUCCGUUCGGCGGCGCCGUGCAAACGAGAAACUCUGCCAAGCGCGGCGGCGGUACGACGAAGAACAACCGCAACAGUGCCGGUAGGCGUCUCGGUGUGAAGCGGCCGGGAUCCAACUUUGUCAAGCCGGGCGAUAUCAUCUACCGCCAGCGCGGCACAUCGUGGCACCCAGGCGAACAUGUAGGGAUCGGGCGCGAUCAUACCUUGUACGCCAAAGUACCUGGAUUCGUUCGCUUUUACAAGCCAAACUAUGAGCAGAAGCAGGUCAAGCCGGCCAUUGCACCGCUCGGUACUUUGCCUUUGCGCCUGCCGCAGCGCGAGACUGUAUAUGCACACUCACCGGAGACAGUGCGCCCACACCCUUCUUCAGGGCGCAAGUCGCGCAAGUUUGUCGGCAUUGUGCUUGCGCGCGACGGCGUCCUGCCGCGUAAGCCUGGCCUGCCGCGCGCGCGUCUGUUCAACAAGACGGACUUGAACGCGGUGGAGAAGGAAAAGCAGAUGCGGCGUCGAGGGAUCGAGCCGCUCGCAUUGGACGCAUCGCUCGCUUGA